AGAAGUCAAAAUGAAAUCUUUCAUCGCCGUCAUUUGUGCGCUGGCCUGCGUCCACGCAGCUGUGGAUGACAAGAACGCAGAGGUGCUGAAGAACGAGUACCACCUGACCCCCGAGGGUUCUUUCAACUACGUCGCCGAGGGCAGCAAUGGCAUCCUCUCCCAGGCCUCCGCCGUCGUCAAGCAAGUUGGCAAGGACGAGGUCGCUCUUGAAGUUCAAGGCUCCAAUCAGUACAUCUCCCCAGACGGCCAGACCAUACAGCUGUCAUACGUCGCCAACGAGAAUGGAUACCAGCCACAGGGUGCUCACCUGCCCACGCCGCCGGCGCCUGAGCCCAUCCCCGACUACAUCCUCCGCUCCAUUGAGUACAUCAAGGCCCACCCCUACGAAGAAAAGAAAUUGUAAAUCAUCAACUUACGUCUAAUUCAACACCAUUCUAGCCGACCUAAGUAACCUAAGUAAUAUUUUUUCAUUUUCAAAUGUUUAUUUGAGUUCCGCGUAAUCCAACUGUGUUGAUAGUUUGAUUGUUAUAAAUAUAAGUAGUUUAGUUUACCGUUUUUCGUUCACUUUGUUACGAUGUAGAUGGUGGUGUAAAAAAACUUAAGAAUGUUCAGUAGAUAUAACAACUGGUCAGAUAAGGUAGCGUAUAGUGAACUAAAGAUGCGUAAAGAUUGUGUCGAAUGUAGUAUUGGAUUGGAAUGAAGAAGUAAUAAGUGCUACUACUAAAUUGUAUGGUGCUCAAAGAAUUUUGACCCCAUCUUAUGUUAUAGGUAUGGGAUGUAUCGACAAGGGACAAUGUGUUGCUCAUUCGAAAGGCUUUUUCGUUGUUUCGGCAAAUUUUAUUAAGGUCCGAAAUAAGACUAGGCUGAACCCACCAAAUGAG